GAGCAAACAGCUGAUGUCCCUGCCUUUGCUGACUGUCACAAUACUGCUUUGCCUCUGCAGUGCGGGGACGUUUGGCUGUGUAAUCUCUGGAAGGGACGCCAGGGGCUAUGAAGGUCUCGUUGACAACCUGCCGAUGAGCUGGGGGAGACUCACCCUGAAUAAGACAGGACGUUACUGCCAUCAAGAGGAUUUUAUAUUUUCUAAGGGUUAAGGAGAGCAGCUUUAGCUGUGACCAACGGACGUGAAGACGCCUGGAAGAGGAAAGAACACUGGGAUCGUACCUUGGGAGAAAAGAAGAGGGAGGGUGGGAGAGGAAGAAAGAGAGGAGGAGGGAAACCAAAGGAGUGCAGAGAGAAAGGCAGGGGACAAAAAAGGCAGAGGUAGAGAGAGAUGCAUGAUAGAAAGGAGAGAAGAACUGGUGGUGCUGACCAUGGAUACUACUGAAACUACAGUGCAAAAGAUUCAAAUAUAGCUAAGGAGAAAAAAAAAACGCAUACGAAAAGGAACUAAAUAAGGGAUAUAGGAAAACAGAUUUGGGAUCAGAUGCAGAUAAAAACUAAGAAAAAGCAGGAUAAAAGAAGACUUUGCAGAGGAAAUGUAGCAACGCAAAAGAAAACGGUACAAGAGCCAUCAGGACCAUUACCUGUCUGCUCCUGUCCUUUACAACUACAGCUACAAAUAACUGCUCUACCGUGCCUACCUCUAACCUGUGGACUAUUCUACCUGUCCUCCUCAUACCCCAAUCCCUCAUUUUUGGACUUAUCCACCUUCUCUUUGACAGGCAUUGCUUGUUUGGCACCUCCUCUACUAGGACCAGUUCCCAUCAUGUGUUCCUGUGGGUAAAAACACAUUUCUUCUUGCCUAUUGUGGUGAAAGUAGACAUCUCGCUAAACGGACUGGGUACACAUUGACCAGUUAACAUAGUUUUAGCCUUCUAGAGAAAAGAACACCACUCGCUGGACUAUUGGAUGACAAUUUCUUCAUUUUAUAAUCUUGUUAACAGUUCAAUGCCAGGAUGGUGCCAGACAAAAUCUUAUGUAUGCUUCUAGUCCAGGUCAUCACAGCAGGGGUUAGUCUUGCUCUAACCUCUCUUCAGGACCAGUGUGAAAAUCUCCACAAUAGUUCAAACUUUACAGGUCUUGCCUGCAAUGUAUCUAUUGAUAUGAUCGGAACAUGCUGGCCGCGCACGCCAGCUGGACAAUUGGUGGCCAGACCCUGCCCUGAAUAUUUCCAAGGCGUGCAAUACAAUACAACAGGUAAUGUCUACAGAGAAUGUCACCUCAAUGGCAGCUGGGCAGGAAGAGGAGAUUAUACACAAUGUCAGGAAAUACUGAAGCAGGAGAAAAAAAGCAAGGUUCACUAUCACAUUGCGGUUGUUAUAAAUUACCUGGGACACUCCAUCUCUUUGUGUGCUCUACUGGUGGCAUUUACACUCUUUUUAAGAUUACGGAGUAUUCGUUGCCUGCGCAACAUCAUACACUGGAAUCUUAUCACUGCGUUUAUUCUUCGUAACAUCACCUGGUUUGUGAUGCAGCUAACACUAAGCCAUGAAGCCCAUGACAGCAAUGUGGUUUGGUGUCGCCUGGUCACCAUUGCUCACAAUUAUUUUUAUGUCACUAAUUUCUUCUGGAUGUUUGGUGAGGGAUGUUAUCUGCACACGGCCAUUGUCCUGACCUAUUCCACCGACAAACUGCGCAAGUGGAUGUUCAUCUGCAUUGGCUGGUGUAUACCAUUUCCCAUCAUUGUGGCAUGGGCCAUUAGCAAGCUCUACUAUGACAAUGAGAAAUGCUGGUUUGGGAAGAAGGCAGGAGUGUACACAGACUUUAUCUACCAAGGUCCUGUCAUCCUUGUGCUUCUGAUAAACUUUAUAUUUUUAUUUAACAUUGUGCGGAUACUUAUGACAAAACUCCGUGCCUCCACCACGUCUGAGACUAUCCAGUACAGAAAAGCAGUCAAAGCAACGCUUGUCCUUCUGCCGCUACUGGGAAUCACCUACAUGCUUUUCUUCGUGACUCCGGGGGAGGAUGAAGUCUCGAGAAUUGUGUUUAUCUAUUUUAACUCUUUCCUGCAGUCCUUCCAGGGAUUUUUCGUUUCUGUUUUCUACUGCUUCUUAAACAGUGAGUUAGAAAGCGUUGGCAUCGCUGGCAAGACAAACACUCAAUCCGUGCUCGAGUAGCCCGAGCAAUGUCCAUUCCCACAUCACCCACACGGGUCAGCUUUCAUAGCAUUAAACAAUCUUCUGCAAUCUGAUCCACAUAUUAAAGAGCGGUGCCGUAAGCCCCUCUGGAGUUUUUCCACACUGGAAAAGAAAAGUGCAGAGGGUUGAGCCUCCUGCAUGGUCAAUAUCAUGAACAGAACUCAACCGGCCACAUUCCGUGUGUCAAAUGAGUUGUACCUUGACAAUCAAAACAGGGUGAAGGAGGUAAAAGGAUCCUAACCCUCAAUGCAAUAUUGGUACUGCUAGGCAAGAGGAAACUAGGACUUCUCAAGCAAAAAAAACCCAACAGACCGAACAUUGCACACAGCACAAACCAUAAACUUUUGUGAUAUAUCACCAGCCACAACCAAAUGAUUGCUGAGUACGGUACCUUGCAUCCAGACUGUACAGUCAAUCCUCCGUGCCUCGCAGUGGAAAAAGACCAGCAUCAGGCUUAGCCAUUGCACGAAUGAUAAUAAUUUUGAUGCUUCUUGUCCUGUCAUAAACUAAGUUGCUACAAUGUAUGAGCACAAAUUAUAAUCUGAUAGUGUGCUGGGAGGAAAAAGGAGAAUAUCUCAAUUCAGGUUGUAUAGUGUGCCAUAUGAUUGUGUACCAUGGGGACCAAAUUCAGACGUGGAGUCACAGGACAAGCUUCCAUUGGAGGUAAAUAAGAAUGCAAUGCAGUGCUGCUUUCAACUAAUGUUAAGACAGAGAAUACGAAGUGAAAAUCUAUUACUCAAAAUUUUAUUCCAAUUCUUAUUGUAUUCUUUAUCAUGUGAGAAUAAUUUGCAAGAAGAAAAGUGUCUAUACCUGUCUAUCUCUAAGUGUCCUCUUCAUAGCUUCAAUAUACAGGGAGACUACAGGACGGAAUGUAUAAAGAGCUAUGUUUGUAUGUAAAGGCCUUCGUUUAGAAUAAUGGAAAAGCGAUAUAGAGUAUUUUCUGCAGCUUUGUACAAAGAGAUUCUAUUAGUAAAUGUUCUAUUGUUGGACCUAUAUAAUGCCUGACUGGGUCAGAGGAAAAAGUGUCACUUUGGACUGGAUCUACAACUCAAAAUGUUACACACUAUAGGUAUUUUUUAAUGCACAAAUAUAAAGUGUUAUAGUGUUGCACUACAAUCAGAAAAUGUCUUUAUAUUAAGCCCUCAAAGUAUACAAAUAAAUCCUUAAAAUUGUCUUGAAUGUUGUCAUGUUAUGUAUGCAGAGGUUUGCACAUGAAGCUCCCCUUCUAAUACGAAGUGUGUCUUUCAGAAGUGACCGUACGGCUACUAUAAUAUAUGAAAAUAUACAAAUAUUUCAGUGACCUCUGUCUGUCUGGUGUGUUUCUUUUUUAUGGAGGGCAGCAGGGGUUGUUGAACAACGAAAAGCUGCAUAUAGAGGUCACUAAAUGUGCAUGCAAGUUCCCCAUAACCCACUAAUAGUGACUGCAGGCAGCCAAAAUGAACUAGGAGGAGCCAGCCAUAAAAUUGAAGACAACUAAAAAAGAUAAAGGGAGUAACAUUGAUUUUCUCACAACAAUUAGGCAGAAAGUGAACAGUCAGGUCUUGAAGGUUAUGUGUUUCAAGCAGAAAAAGUGAUUAGGUAUAAGAAUCUAAAACAUAGUUAAAGGGGUACUCCAUCCCUAGACAUCUUAUCCACUAUCCGUGCUGCACCCGGCAUUCGUUUAGAGCAUCAGGUUCAGCACCAGAGGCUUGCGACAUCAUGUCAGCGCCCAACUGGCCGUAACGUCAUGAGCCUCCGCUCUGCAUCACCAUUCAUCUGGCAUGGAGCGAAGUUCACUCUGUGCACCAUGUCUGGGGUGCCGUGGAUAAGGGGAUAAGAUGUCUAGGGGCGGAGUACCCGUUUAAACAUAGUGAUAGCUAAAUGACUAGAUUAGAGCCUUUCAAAAUGACAGGUCUUCCUGAGGGGGUGCUCCUGGUAAUGGGUAAUAAGUAGGUAGUAAUGUAUCUACCAUAAAUAGUGAGAAUAUACAGGACAUCACACCUUGCAGUUUAUGGGGCUGUGGAGACUCAUGCCCACUGACUGCUGUUCACUUUUAGGUGCUUUGUCAAAUCCAGGCCUUAACAAAUCAUAGCAAGUUGUGCAGCAUGAGGGAAACUGCAUAAUACUAGGCAAGUGGGUUAAAUGUUAAGGCAGAUCAGAGUAUAUAUCAUGAAAUGACAGCAAAGAUUUAAGGUCUCAAACAGAAUUGUAUAAAUGAAGCUUUACUAUAGCUGACAGAGUAGUCAAUGGGAUGUGGGAUCCAUUCUAUAUUUUACUAUAGAACCCUAUGCUUUAUGGCUGUCUAUGAGCCUUAUGAAUAACUACCCAUAGUUCUUUAUGAUGCUCAAAGGGUACCUCUCAUCAAAUAAA